GGCCCAGCAGCUCCGCUGGGCUCCCCGACCGGGUCUGGCCCGGGGCAGGGCGGGGGGCCGCGGCCGCCGAGGAUGGGGAAAUCCAACAGCAAGUUGAAGCCUGAAGUUGUGGAAGAGCUGACCAGGAAAACCUACUUUACUGAGAAGGAAGUGCAGCAGUGGUAUAAGGGCUUCAUCAAGGACUGCCCCAGCGGGCAGCUAGAUGCGGCAGGCUUCCAGAAGAUCUACAAGCAGUUCUUCCCGUUUGGAGACCCCACCAAGUUCGCCACGUUUGUUUUCAACGUCUUUGAUGAAAACAAGGAUGGCAGGAUUGAGUUCUCUGAGUUCAUCCAGGCGCUGUCGGUGACCUCGCGGGGAACACUGGAUGAGAAGCUGAGGUGGGCCUUCAAGCUCUACGACUUGGACAACGAUGGCUACAUCACCAGGAAUGAGAUGCUGGACAUAGUAGACGCCAUUUACCAGAUGGUGGGGAACACUGUGGAGCUCCCUGAGGAGGAGAACACGCCCGAGAAGAGGGUGGACCGGAUCUUUGCCAUGAUGGACAAGAAUGCUGACGGGAAGCUGACGCUGCAGGAGUUCCAGGAAGGCUCCAAGGCGGACCCCUCCAUCGUGCAGGCGCUGUCCCUCUACGAUGGGCUGGUAUAGUCCGGGCUCAGAGCGAGAUGCCUGGGAACCACUCACCUCCUCCCAUGCGUGCCAUGAGGCCACUUCAGCCCGAUGCCAUCCCUGUGCCCACCCUGCCAUCCUCCGCAUCCACACUCGGCGGGCCGCCCUUGAGCCUCAAGGCCCCGGCUCCCCUCCCCUGUGCCCUGCAUCCACCUGCCGCCUGAAGCCACCAACCGCCAACAACUUGUGCUUGUCCAAACACGACAGACCCACAGAGAAACCGCUCCAGCCCUCUGCGAAACCAGGGGCGCGGGCUGCUUCCCCGGGCAGCACUGCUCCCUCCUGCUCCGCGCGUGCGCUUUUUUUUUUUUUUUUAAUUUCAAAUGGACAUUGUAAAUGAAACAAAACAAAACAACUACCUUCUCUUGUAGAAGAUACUGAUGCUUGGGAAGAAGGCCUUGGAGUCUCAGAGAACUCGGCCUCCUCCUGGCCCGGCCUUUAGCAGAGAGGCCACUAGCGUGGCAAGAAUGGGUGGUGAUAAUACUUCAUGAAAUAGCAGUAUUGUGCGUUUUGUGGGGAAAGUGAGGUGUUUUUAUACUCAUAUAUAAUUGAUAUCUUUUAUUUAUUGGUUGUUAACUACUGCUGCCGCCUCGUGUGUCCCAGGCUCCCGGGACGCUGGGCCCCGUUUACAUGUGCACCCUCUCACCCACCUGCCCACCUUGCUUGGGAGGAUGGUGGCCUGCAGUGGCCAAGAAGCCAAAAACAUUCCCUUCCCCCUCUUUCUUUUUUUUUUUUUUUUUAAUUUUUCCCUUCUGAUACUGUGCUCCGAGUUUAGAGAGGGGAAGGUGACAUUCCUCAAUGGCUAAUGUACUGUCCCCCUGUCUAAUGCCACCUUCCCUGUCCCUGACCCCUCUGCUCCCCCCUUGGGGUCCAUAACUUGUUUGUAUCAAGAACAAAUAGGACAUUUUUUUUUUAUUUGCAAUUUGCUGCAGUGACAAAACAGAAGAGCCUUGUCUUAGAUGUGGGAGCUGGGAGAGGGUGUCUGGACAGUAUGCAGUGGGGUUCUCCAUCAGCAGGUUUGCGAAGUCAUGAUCCAGUCUCCCUCUUGUUGCCAGAGAGACUGGAAAUAGCCUGUGAGCCCUGCACUGCUUCCUUGCUUUGAUCUACCUUCAGCAGAGGACGGUGUGGACUCCUUCCCUGUCCCUCUCUUUGCUCAGAUGCUGGGAGGGAAGGGUCAAGAGGAGAGGGCUGGGCCAUCCUGUUAAGGCUGCUCCUGCUCUUUGGGGCUGUGUAGGAAGUCAGCGCUGGUUCCUCAACUGUCACCAGAGCAUCAGGUGACCCUAGACAGAAGGUCCGGAUCCCAGGCCCUGGCCUUUGCUGUGAGUUGGAUGGACACCCCUUAACUUCCGGGCCUCAGUUGCCUGUGUAUGUCAGCAGAGCCAGGAGGCCUGAUGGUUGAUUUUUUGAAGGCAUUUUUUCCAUGCUGAUGUGGGAUUCUGAGCCUGGAGCUCAGUCUCCUGUGUUUGUGACUCUGGUCUGUAUCUCGAUUUGCCAGGCCCUGGUAGGCCUGGGAUUGCCUGAGUGACAGCACAGCCCCAAUUGGCCUCUCUUCGCACAUGCAGCAGCCUGGGUGGCUGGUUCGCGCUGUCUGCCCCAGAGGCUGACUAUAUAAUGAUACCCACUGCACCUGGCUGUAGCGGUUCCCGAACUCUCUGGAUCCCUUUGGACCCGGAACUUAUCCUUAGCAGAGGAGGGUGAGAAGUGGCCUCCCAGCUGUGGAGAACCAGGCCCGGGCACCAGUUUUUGCUUCUGCUGUGUAAAGUACACGGCUGCUCUGCCCACCCCCAAGGGGGGGGAUUGCCCCUGGUCCUGUUCUGCUCUGAGCCUCCCAUAUUUUCCAUCUCAUUUUCUGGGAGAUUGGAGUUUCCCCUGAUAAAUGAUUCUAGCCCUUAGCUGGAAGAUGGAUGUUCUCUGUCAAGGGACAGCUUUGAUCUGCCUGUCCAUUUCUGUUGGUGGGACCACAGAUGUCCCCUCCUGCACGGGCAGAGCCUUUGGUUGUGCCAGGUCUGCCAUCAACCCUCUGGAUCCCAUAGGGACAGAGAACAGUGUCUCCCUCUUCACUGGCAACUUCCUUCGGGCACCCUGUGGGUGGGAGGUCUGAGCCUCGCCUCUGAUGGCUGCAGUGUUUGGGCCUGGCUCUGGCUCCUCCAGUGUAGGGGCACACUUGGUGACUUGGGGUUGAAAGGAUGACAGUGGGCCUUUCUCUGGCCUCUGUGGGUGUCUUCAUUUGCCCUCUCUGGUUGAGGGGGUUGACGUUUUAGCAGUCUGUUGUAGAGCCAUGAGAGGCCGAGUUAAGCACUGGUACCCUUGACCUAGGCAUCCACUGAGUGUCUGUGCCAGGCCUUCCAGCAUCUUGGCCUUUUAGUUUUCAGCCUCAAGUGUCUUUUUUUUUUUCCCUCCAUUUUUUGCUGCUUACAUCCUUGGGGACUACAGCCCUGUGUGCUCUAGGCCCAAAACGUUGGCACUGAGAAAGCCCAGGGCUACCUUCUUCCUGGCGGGGUGCUGGACACUGGCUGUUUUCAUUCAAGGUGGUCAUACUGACUGAUUUCUGUCCCUUCUUCUCACCAGCCUUUAGCUGCGGCACACAGCCCAGGACCUGAAGCCAGGCCCCUUUUGAGCAGCUCCAGGGCUUCUCCACAAGCCUGUUUGCACCGAGGUCCCACCUCAUCUGAGGCUGGUCUCUUUUUUGGGGGGGAGGGUGUCCAGCAUGAGGCCAGGCUCUGAACCCCUCUGCAGACCCUCCUUUCUAGAGCCAGGGCCUAGCACCAGUCUUGGGUGGCCUGCUGUGGCCCAGCCUCCUCUUCCCAGUGUCUGCUUCCCACUCUGUGUUGAUGGUGACUUAAGAAAGCGUCACGACUUUAGAAUAUUUAACCAGGCCACGUUUAAAAUAACAUCAAGGCAAAUGUACGUGUCAUCUCUAUUGACACAUUUUCCCCUGAAUGCUUUGCAGUUUGAGGGCUGAUUUCUUAGGAGCACCUGGGCUGUUGGGAACAUUGUUUCUUCUGGGGGCAAUGGGGGAUUCCUGGCAUCUCUCUAGAGCAAACCCUCACUGCCCACCAAGCCGAAAGCCACUGUGUUCCUUUCCUAGUGUAGUCAGCGUUUAAGGAAUCCAAGGAUGUAUAGGGGCGCCCCCUGGUGGUGAUGGAGCCACAGCAGCACCUGGGUGCUCCACUUAGCUUGGGGGAAUUGGAGGCUGGAGGACGGAGGCCAGGAGGGGGCUGGAUUCCAGAGGCCCUGGCCCCCCCCCCCCCAGCCCCACGUUAUUGGCAGCUUGUCUCCCACUUGCCUCUUUGCUAGGUCCUCCCAGGACUAGCAAGGCAGUUAGCAGAAGGGCACAAUGGGGAACGUUGCCCUUCCUCUUUUUCUUUCUUUUUUUUAAGUACUUGCGGAAUAAACCCAAUGGUUAAUUUUUGAAUGAAUAAAAGGCUUUUGUUGAAUAAACAGUUGGUCCCAUCUUCUGUCUUGAAAUCUUGGCUUUAGAGUCAGGCUCUGUCUGCUUUCCAGGGCAGGGGCACACCCAGCACCCCUCCCCUCCUCCCCCAGAUUCCUCUGGGAUUACUUCUGCUUGCUGCUGGUCUCAGAUGGAAGGCCAGCCACUAUGCAGGGCCAUCCUGAGGGCUGAGUGCGACCUUCAGAGCUAGAGUUCCUUGCAGAGGUGACAGGCCAGCGCCCGAGAGAGUAGCAGUUUGAAUCAUCAGUGCCCUCAUCCGGGUCCUGCGGUUUGGGAGAGAGCUUUGGGUAACUUGCAAAGAAGCAAUCUGAGGAAGGACUGUGUCUGGGUUGUGAUUGCUUGUGUCUGUUCCUGCUUGCCUUCCUAGCACCCCUGGAGAAUCUUUUUGGGGUGCUGUCCUGUCUUAUGUCUGGGGGAGGGGAAGCCCUUGCCUGGUUGGUGGUGGGGGGCCAAGGUUGCCCGGGCUUUGUUGCACGCCCAAAGCCUCUCAGGCUCCCUCUGUCUGUCGUCUGCGUCUUUCCCAAUUAAACACGCUUCCUGGACUGUC